AUAAUAAUAAUAAUAAUUAUAAUGGUGAUGGGGUUGGGAUUUCGCUGCGCCCUCGCCGUCCUCUCUCUUCUCUUCGUCGUCUCCCUCACGCUCGUUCUCCGCGAGGAGACGAGCGGUGGGCCCGUCGCCUUCGACCCCGCGAGGGUCACCCAGGUCUCGUGGAAGCCCAGGGUUUUCUUGUAUAAGAGGUUUCUUUCUGAUGAAGAGUGCGACCACCUGAUCAAGUUGGCAAAGAGUAAGCUGGCGAAAUCGAUGGUCGCGGAUAAUGAGUCGGGGAAGAGUGUGAUGAGCAAUGUUCGGACGAGCUCCGGCAUGUUCUUGAUGAAGCGUCAGGACGCAAUUGUCGCCAGAAUUGAGCAAAGAAUCGCUGCCUGGACCUUCCUGCCCGAAGAAAAUGCCGAGCCCAUUCAAGUGCUGCGGUACGGAAUCGGUCAGAAGUACGAGCCACAUUUCGAUUAUUUUUAUGACCAAAUAAAUCAAGUACGCGGUGGUCAUCGCGCAGCGACAGUGCUUAUGUAUCUAUCUGACGUAGAAAAGGGCGGGGAGACGGUCUUUCCUAAUGCUGAGGGAUGGGAAUCUCAACCUAAGGACGACUCUUGGUCCGAUUGUGCAAGAGGCGGUUAUGCAGUAAAACCUACCAAGGGCGAUGCGGUUCUCUUCUUUAGCCUUAACAUCGACAGCACGACAGACCCACACAGUUUGCAUGGGAGCUGCCCGGUAAUAGAAGGCGAGAAAUGGUCUGCACCGAAAUGGAUUCAUGUGAGAUCCUACGACAAAUUGGAGAUGAACAUCAACUCUGGCAGGAGCAGGAAAUGCUCUGAUGAGAAUGUGAUGUGCCCACAGUGGGCAGCUGCAGGGGAGUGUCUGAAGAACUCUCUGUACAUGGUCGGAAUCAACGAUACGCACGGAUUUUGUCGCAAGAGUUGUGGAAUAUGUGACUCAUAGUAAUUGUAAAUUCUUUUUUCUUUUUUUUUUUCCUUUCUCUACUUGAGAUGCACAUAUUGGUGUAACUCAUUUUGCAGUUAUUAUAUCAUCAUCUAAAAUGUAUGCUGAGGUUUUCUAUGUUUUCAUCGAAAACCAAAUGGCUUGGCGAUUAAAUAGAAAAUCCAAACAA